UGGGGAAGUAAAUUCGUAUACAUACAUGUAUUAUAUCCUGCCUCUGGUAUUGCACGUCAUGCUUAUAGAUAUAUAUACCAUGACCAUACAUGGUUGCUGUCAAUUUUGAUCUACUUCGCUUUUUUCCAGAGGGUCAUUAUUUGUCAUAACGCAACGGAGGAACAAUGUACAACCUUAUUGUCAUAUGUUUUCUUUUGUUACAGUGUAUGACUGCAUACGGAUGCAGAAGAGGCCGCUAUAGUAACGGAGAUGAGUGCAAGUCAUGUGGUGCUGGCUGUAGAGAUGGGACGUGUAAUUCCGACGGUCACUGCACCUGUAAAUCACAGUGGACCGGACGUGGCUGUACAACACGAUGCACUAACGGCUACGUGCAGGGAUACAGCUGUAUACGGUGUGGGUCUGGAUGUCAAGGGGGUAGAUGUGAUGCUGAUGACGGAACAUGCCGGUGUAAUCCAGGCUGGGCAGGAAGUCGUUGCACAACAAGAUGCACUAACGGCUACGUGCAGGGAUACAGAUGUAUACGGUGUGGGUCUGGAUGUCAAAGGGGUAGAUGUGAUGCUGAUGACGGAGAAUGCCGGUGUAAUCCAGGCUGGAUAGGAAAUCGUUGCACAACAAGAUGCUCUGAUGGUUUUUACGUGUACGGACGGAUGUGCAUACGUUGUAGUAGCCGGUGCUCGGGACGUUGUAAUGUUGCUGAUGGCACAUGUAGAUGCAGGACUGGCUGGGCAGGACGUCGUUGCACCAUUAAAAUGGCGAUAUCAGAUGAAAUAGCAACAAAGGCAUCGUCGACAACCGCAACCAACGUGACGGAAUCCACCAAGGCUGACACUCUAUCAACCACAGGUAAAACAACUCAGACGCCAACCUCUUGGAGCAGUACCGAUCUAACAACUCAGACGCCAACCAAUAGGAGCACUACCGAUUUGAAACCGGAUGGAGAGCAGGUGACCAAAGAAGAAAAAACAACUUGGACAUACGUGCUCAUAUACAGUUUGACGCCAGUCGUAAUCAUAUCAUGUACCAUUUUGGUCCUGUGCUUGGUGUUAAAAAGACGACGUCCAAGGAAGACAUCCGUUAAGACAUCUGGCGCCAAAGUACCAUCCACAGCAGACGAUCUCGCGUCAGACCAGGCGGUACACUUCACCGCUGUUUCGGAGGGCGAUGACGACAGACAUUAUGACGCUAUUCAAGACCCAGUGACUCAAGUCGAUGCAGGUCAUGACGAUGAAGCAGAUACGGUCCCAGAGGAGAAUGUGUAUGAAAUACCUUCUGAUAACGAAUGUGCAAAAGUCUAUGGAAAUAUUUCAGAGAGUAAUGAUGGGAAUCUCUAUGAAACUCCUUCAGUAAACAUGGACAGACAUAUCUACGAAGGACUUAAAACACGAACGAAAAUAUCCAAAAAGUAAACACAACGUAUUACUCCACAUAGAAUUCAGUGCCCAUUUUGAGACUGAUGUCUGCCAAACACUGAGAUCAAUACAUAAUUUGGUGAAAAUACUGAAAAAUGUUUGUGAUUAUAUGAAUUUUAAAUAAAUAGUGAUUUUUAUGAAACCAAUACGAAAUGCAUUUACUGACCUAUCUAUCAGAAAGUAAGGAGUAAAUGGUUCCCACUUCUAGUAAAGAGCGACUGUGGGUGUUUUUUUUAAAAAUAUUUUAAGCCAUGUAAGAUGUGAUAUACACGAUUUCGUAUUUAUGUUUAUACAUAUACCGAAGCUAUGUGAAAUCCUCAUAUUUCACGACUUACCAGUGUGUACAUAUUGUGUUAAAAGACCUAAUAACUGAAUAAAGUUUACAAUCCAUUA